GAAUAGUUUUUUCUAUAGAAAACAGCAAUUAAUUUAUGGCAACAAAUAUAAUAACCGAAAUGUUUGUCAAAUUGUUGGCCACUUUACCGAUUACACCGAUACACUAAUCAAUGAUUAUCGGCCUAACAUUUGAUCAAUUAUUUCGGCAUUAAUUAGUUUUUAAUAUUAAAUUAAGAUUUUUUUUGGCGAAGAUGUGAAUUGUGAGACCAAAAAGUAGCCGCAAAUUAUCAAACAAUGUUCACAAAGGGUUUCAGUACAACACUUGAAGGUCCGGCCAAUGCUCUGGCAGUCAAUCGCGACGCAAACUUAGUGGCAGUGGCCGGCCGUACAGUCUUCAAGAUAUUUGAGAUCAAUGACGACCACUUUACCGAAGCUUUUAAUCUAAGAGUCGGCAAAAACUUGAACCUUAACUACAGCUGCAACGACGUGGCCUGGAAUGAGGUCGAUGACCACCUGUUGGCCACUGCGGCCACAAAUGGCGCUAUAGUUACGUGGGAUUUGCAUAAACAGACCCGAUCUAAACUGGAUCUCGUCUUCCAACACCACAAACGAACUGUCAAUAAAGUGUGUUUCCAUCCAUCGGAAGCAUAUUUACUACUUAGUGGAUCUCAAGAUGGACUCAUGAAGUUGUUUGAUCUAAGAUGUAAAGAGGCGACGAGUACUUUCAUUAGUAACUCGGAGAGUGUCCGUUAUGUUCAGUUUGCGCCGUCUCAGGCCAACUAUUUUAACUUUGCUUCGGUUCAGGAAACGGGAAAUGUCGAGAUUUGGGACAUACGACGGAGCGAUCGGCCAGAGAUCAACUUUCUAGCGCACGGGGGACCUGUCUUUGCCUGUGAUUGGCAUCCAAAUCCUGAAAAGAGGAAAUGGUUGGCCACCGCUGGUCGCGACAAAACCAUCAAAGUAUGGGAUCUUUCAAACCCCACAAAACCACAUAAUUUAUAUACUCUUCAUACGAUUGCUUCUGUUUUGCGACUUAAAUGGCGUCCGAGUCGUGACUUUCAGAUAAGCAGUUGUUCUCUUCUCGUCGACUUUAGUAUCAAUGUUUGGGAUAUUAGGCGUCCUUACGUGGCGUCAGCUAUAUUUCAGGAGCACAAGGAUGUGACGACAGGGUUCGCCUGGAAGAAUGAUCCGCGAAUACUGUUGUCGACCAGUAAAGACGGAACUCUAUAUCAACAUCAUUUCGAUACAGCUUUCCGUCCGUCACUACACUAUAAUCCGAUUGGACUAUCAAUAAACCCGACGGGAGACGUAGCUUUUUCUGCUAGUGAUCACAUUUUGAGAAAUAGUGUUUACUCGGGUAGUAAAGAGUUGGUUAAAGCCCACUCUAUUGGACCUAAUAGUAGUCUCACACCCAUCACUACUGUUCUUUCACUCACCAACUACUCGAAGGUCCGGUUUUCUCAAUUGUUUAAAAAACCAAGUGAUGUAUCGGAUCAGUUUAAAGAUGUCUUCAGUUCACUUAUGCUUUAUAAGUGUCCUGACAAUGAAUUAGCUGACAAUUUAUCAAUGAAAUGGUUUGUAAAUUUAGCGAAAAAGUAUCAGUUAAGUGGUAAGUCUAUUGAAGAGUUGUGUGAAUAUAAUGCUUGUGUUGCCGCUGAACAUAACAGAACUCAAGUGUCACAAACCUGGAGAAUAUUAAUGCAAAUGUUUAAUACAAGUAUACGAUCGGCACAUAUGAGUGGCGCUAAUAUAAACCAAAUUGCAAUCGGAAAUAUCACAGAAUUUAAUGAUAAAAAUGAUUUAAGUCAUCCGUCUAGACAUAGUAGCGGUAGUGGUGGCCGACAUUUUAGUGGUAAUAAAGUUAAGGACCAACUUCUGGCUAACGACGCAUCGGGUAAUGAAGAAGAGUCAGACAUGAGUGAUAUAAUGGAUAAUAUUGUUCAGCCAAAACCUAAGCGUGUGUCUCAGUUGACUCCACAGAAGCAUUUUAAUGGCGAGUUUUUCUUCAGUGACAUUGAUAUGACGACCAAUCAGACAAAAUUAGAUUUAAUUCAAAAUAACAAUAUGACAGAUGUUAUGUCCAAUCAACAGGACUGGGUUUUGCCCAGAGAGGCAUUCUUUCCAAGACAUCCCAUUCAAGAUUAUUUAAUACCACCCGAAAUGACUGAGACUAAUGAGGAGCCGAGUUCUCCAAAAAGUGAAACGAAUGAAGAGGAGGAUGUCGUCGAUAAUAUGAAUUAUAUGUCUCUGAAUAGCUCCCAAUGGAACUCAAUAUCUUUAUUAUCAUCGAAAGCCCCGCCGAACCCUGUUUGGCCGUUCACUAAUUUAGUGGCUGAUAUGCUUCACUUUUAUGCGGGUCAGGGAGACAUUCAGAGUUCUGUCUCAAUACUGCUGGUAUUGGGCGACAAAAUGAAGACAGCUAUAGAUGUAGCCGUUCAACAGCAAUGGUAUCAGUCAUAUAUUGAUCUCUUAAGUCGCUUUGAAUUAUGGAAUGUCGCCAAUACUGUGAUAAGAUUAUGUCCGCACCCAUACAUCAAUACAAUCAAUCACUCGUCGACUACAAUAUAUUCGACAUGUGGUAUGUGUCGGAAGGCAUUGGUGUCUAGAGUUGGCUGGAUUUGCGAGAGAUGUAACAGUAAACCAGCAAAUUGUGCCAUUUGUCACGUAGUUGUUACCGGAUUGUAUGUAUGGUGUCAGGGAUGUGCACACGGCGGUCAUCUUCAGCACAUCCAGGAAUGGUUGACAAAUAACACCCUUUGUCCGGCCGGUUGUGGCCAUCACUGUGAAUAUACUUAACAUAUUAAAAUCAAUGGUUCCUUUUGAUAAACCAAAUAAUAAUCAAAUCAUACGAA